CUGGGCCAGGAUGUUAAUGCCUGCCCGAGAGGGGGGACCUGCUGGAGGGGGCUGCAGCAGACUGGCGCGGAAGCGGGCACACCAGCGUCAAGUGCAGCUUGGACUCACGGACCUGGCCCAUUUACAUUUCACUUUUUCUUCCAUCUGUGUCCAGUUGUCUUCAGCAUGGAGGAACAGAAUAACUCUGCUGGGAAGGAGCUUCAACACAGGACACAAGCAGAAGUUGCAGGAAAGAAAAUCUGGCACUCACAGGCCUACACCCUUGGGGCCAUUUCCAACUUUAUGUCUACUUUUCUGACCUUUCCUAUCUAUAAGGUGGUGUUCCGGCAGCAAAUUCAUGCUGUGGCAGUGUCAGAGGCUGUGAGACAGCUUUGGCAUGAAGGCCCUCAGUACUUCUACCGGGGCAUCUACCCUCCUCUUCUCUCCAAGACCCUGCAAGGGACUCUGUUGUUUGGCACUUAUGAUAGUCUGCUGUGCUUUUUCUCCCCAGUUGGGCCACAUUCCCUUGGACAGCGCUGGAUGGCAGGGCUCAUGUCUGGUGUAGUAGAAGCUGUAGCACUCAGCCCCUUUGAAAGAGUACAGAAUGUGCUUCAGGAUGCUAGAAAGCAAGCCAGCUUCCCUAGCACCUUCAGCAUUCUUAAGGAAUUCAAUUCUUAUGGGCUUUGGGGGCGGCUGUCAUUGGGAUAUUAUCGUGGUUUCUGGCCACUCCUUGUCAGAAACAGCCUGGGAAGUGCUCUCUAUUUCUCCUUCAAGGAUCCUAUCCAGGAUGGCUUGGCAAGGCAAGGACUGCCCCAUUGGGUUCCUGCUUUGGUGUCUGGUAGUGUCAAUGGAACAAUCACCUGCCUGGUUCUGUAUCCUCUGAUUGUGCUAGUUGCCAAUAUGCAGUCUCAUAUUGGCUGGCAGAGAAUGCCAAGCCUGUGGGCUUCAGCACAAGAUGUAUGGGACACUCGAGGUCGAAAAGUACUCUUGAUUUAUAGAGGAGGAUCCUUGAUCAUCCUCAGAUCCAGUGUGACAUGGGGCCUCACUACUGCUAUUCAUGACUUCUUGCAGAGAAAGGCUCACACCAAGAAAGAUACUGACUAAAUGAAGUGUGGCUAUGGUAUCUUCACUGGUUGGUUGUGUAUAGUAUAUUUCUUUGUCUUGAUUAUGUAAUACAAUUGCUAUUUACUGUCUUUAAACUGUCUCUGCAUGGGAGAAGCUCCUACCUUUUUACCUGUUAGUCAUGGACAAAGCCUACCAGGAUUACUUGGUCAAAGAAAGUCUCCCAAGUCUAUGCACAGCUUCAGUAGCCUCAGAACCUGGAGUCUUUAAAUAAUCUGUAGCCCAGAUUAAAUGUCAUUCCUUUAAGGUUUUUUUCCAAAUAAAAGGAAACUUUAAAAGAAGACUCUACUCAGUACUGUGAGUCUGGAGUCCUCCUGACUAGACUGAGUAGAACUCUAAUUUUAACAAACUGUACUAGGCUUUGAGGCCAACUUCAGAGAUGCCUAUAUUUUACUGACACUGUUCACUGCCUCUACCACAGCCGCUCUCAUUUUAAGCUAUGGGUCCCACUUUCAGGGUACCCACUCUGAUUACAAAUCAGAUGCCACAAGAAUGGAACAUGCUGGACACAUGAAGACAUUUGGUUCCUGGAUAGAAAGAAUAAAGGCUUUGAAGCAAGAGGUUUAAUUAAUUUAAGUACAUGCCAAAUAGAAAAAAAAAAGAGCCCUAUAGUUUGGUUUGGUGUUCUCUGUUAGGGCUAACGCACACACAUGUACGUAUUUAUGUAUGUUUAUAUACAUAUGUGUGUGUGUAUGUGUGAUUACAAUGCCUACAAACCACUUAAGUUUCUAUACGAAACCUGGAACUAACAUGACCAUAUCUCUUCACAACUAAUUGCUAAUUCUGUUGAUGUGGACAACUAUAUAGCAACUACAGUAUAAUGAUCUUAUCCUGUCAUUCAGAGCCAUUGACAAUGUGGACCCCAUAUAACUCUCUGUAUAUUAUCACACCACAUGCAUGGACUGCACCAUGUAUGUUUUUCUCUCCCCAAACAUUCCAUGAACUUAUCCAAGGCCUUACUCUGCCUUCACUGUCCUCACUACUUGCACUGCAUUCCCCCCCUCGCGCUAAUAAAAGGCCUCCAAUUUACAAAAGUACAGCUCCGAUACCUCUGCCUGUAUGGAGCUCAUUCUCUAUCCCCCCACCUAUAUGAAUGUGACAUUAAUUUUGUGAUACCCCCUUCCAACAGCUCAUCAACAUGCACUGAUUCCGUUAUGUUACUGAUCCAAUGUGGCCCUAUGUUCUUGCUGUUCUUCAGUACCUCCUACUAGAUUGUAAACUUCUUGAAAGCAGGGAUUCUUAUAUGUAUUCUUAAAUCCUCCAUUGUGCCUAGGUGCUCAAUAAAGUUUGUGAAUUAUUGAAUUGAUUAUCAAGCUGUGAUAUGGUCUAUAUCUUCAGGGUGCUAUCCCUAUUACAUGAAGAUAAUGUUACUGACCCAUUGUCAACAAGACACAUGCCUUUGGGAUGUGUUCAUUUUCUUUUAAUAGUGGAUUUAGUUUUGUGCUAAUUAUAAUGCUAAUGAUAAUAACAAUAAUAAUAAAAUUGUGUUC